GUUAUGCUGUUUUGGCUUAGGAAUUAAGUGGUAUGUGUGUAAACUUUCAUCUUUCUUGCUUGGCACCGGAUGACGGCCAUGGCGUCUCUUACAUUGGUUGGCUCACCUGCGGGAGGAAUAUUUCACCCUUCUAUUCGUCAAACCUCCAAAAUACACCUCUUUCCUUACUUUCGUGGCCUACAACAUCGGAAGGAUGUCCGGUUAUGGGUCUCGUCUCGAAGCGAUUCUAUCAAUGCCUGCUCCACUUCACCGCCAGCGCCAUCACCCCCUUCUCCGGGGCUUUAUUCGGCAGAUAUCUAUGAGCUGACUAUGAGUAACGUGGACUUGGUUUUGGAGAAAGUUCGUCCAUACCUCAUAACUGAUGGAGGAAACGUCGACGUGGUCUCCGUAGAAGACGGAGUUAUCUCCCUCAAACUCCAAGGAGCAUGUGGCACCUGUCCUAGUUCAACGACCACCAUGAAGUUGGGCAUCGAACGUGUGUUGAAAGAGAAGUUUGGAAAUGCAGUUAAAGAUGUACGCCAAGUUUUUUAUGAGCAACGAUCCAAAACAACUGUUGAGGCUGUGGAUGGCCAUUUGGACAUACUGAGACCUGCUAUUAAGAACUAUGGUGGAAGUGUGGAAGUACUUUCUAUCAAAGACGGAGACUGCCAUGUAAAGUAUACAGGGCCCGAAUCCAUUGCAAGUGGGAUCAAAGCAGCCAUAAAGGAAAAGUUUUCGGAUGUUGUGAAUGUUGUUUUCACC